GGGGAGGGGCGGAGGCGGCGCAGCCCCGGCCCCACAGGGCAGCCCCCGGCCCGCGGCCCCGCAGCAUGUGAGCCCGGCGGGGCGGGGAUGCUCUGGCUGCUCUGCGGCCCCUCCCGCGCCAUGGAGAGCCACCAGGUGCUGGUGAUCCGCAUCAAGAUCCCCGACGGCGGGGCCGUGGACUGGACCGUGCACUCGGCGCCCCAGCUGCUCUUCAGGGACGUGCUGGAUGUCAUCGGUCAAGUUCUGCCAGAUGCAACGACAACAGCGUUUGAGUAUGAAGAUGAGGACGGUGAUCGGAUUACUGUCAGAAGUGAUGAAGAAAUGAAGGCCAUGCUGUCCUAUUAUUACUCCACUGUAAUGGAACAGCAAGUAAAUGGACAGUUAAUAGAGCCUCUCCAGAUAUAUCCAAGAGCCUGCAAGCCUCCUGGGAAACGGAACAUACAUGGCCUGAAGGUAAAUACGCGAGCAGGGUCUGCUAAUAAUAGCAGUUCCGCAGUCUCGGAUUCCCUUCCAAGCAAUAGCUUAAAGAAGUCUUCUGCAGAGCUGAAGAAGAUACUUGCUAAUGGCCAGAUGAAUGAACAAGACAUACGGUAUCGAGACAUCCUCGGUCAUGGCAAUGGAGGCACGGUCUACAAGGCGUACCACGUCCCUAGUGGGAAAAUCCUGGCAGUAAAGGUCAUACCCUUGGAUAUAACGCUGGAGCUCCAGAAACAGAUCAUGUCAGAGUUGGAGAUUCUCUAUAAGUGCGACUCGUCAUAUAUCAUAGGAUUUUAUGGUGCUUUUUUUGUAGAAAACAGAAUUUCUUUGUGUACAGAGUUCAUGGAUGGGGGUUCUUUGGAUGUUUAUAGAAAAAUUCCAGAGCACGUACUGGGAAGAAUAGCAGUAGCUGUCGUGAAAGGCCUUACGUAUUUAUGGAGUCUGAAGAUUUUGCACAGAGACGUGAAGCCGUCCAACAUGCUGGUGAACACGCGAGGGCAGGUGAAGCUGUGUGACUUCGGGGUGAGCACCCAGCUGGUGAAUUCUAUAGCCAAGACGUAUGUCGGAACAAAUGCUUACAUGGCGCCGGAACGGAUUUCGGGAGAGCAAUACGGGAUUCAUUCGGACGUUUGGAGUUUAGGGAUUUCCUUCAUGGAGCUUGCUCUUGGGAGGUUUCCAUAUCCUCAGAUUCAGAAAAACCAGGGAUCUUUAAUGCCUCUCCAGUUAUUGCAGUGCAUUGUUGAUGAGGAGUCGCCCGUCCUUCCAGCCGGGGAGUUCUCGGAGCCAUUUGUACACUUCAUCACUCAAUGCAUGAGAAAGCAACCAAAGGAAAGACCAGCACCUGAAGAUUUAAUGGGCCACCCCUUCAUCGUGCAGUACAACGACGGCCAUGCAGAGGUGGUGUCCAUGUGGGUGUGCAGGACGUUGGAGGAGCGGCGCUCAGCCCAGGGCGCACCGUGAGCCGCCGGGUCGUGGGACAGAGCUUUGGGCUCCCACCCAUCCGGGUCAUAUUGUGCUAAAAAUCAACAAAAUCCUUCGGGAUGUUUGUUGUUGCCUUCCUCCCUCCCGCUCAGACACGUUAAGGAAUUCCCUUCACACGUUUCUCUCGUUUAAUGUCCUCAAAUUAAUCUUCAGUUAAACUGUACACAGCCUUAAAGCGAGUAUUUUAUAUCUCUAUUUUUUUGUUAUUGAAUGUAUUGUAUAUUUCGUGGCUCCAGAGUAUUUUUGAACUGUUAGUUUUGCUAUUGUACGGCUGAGCAGCAGACUGUUCCGAGGGCUGGAGGAGGAGCUGUUGGCUGUCGGGGGUGUGUGGACAUCCACGAAACACCUGUUUGAAAUGGUUUGGUGUUCUUAAGGAAAAAAGAAAAAGAAGAAAAAGAGGAAGGAAGAGUGGAGACGCUCGUCCUGGGAAGAGGCGAUCGCCCCUCUGCAAUAGAAGCAUUCCAGGAGCAUUGGCCGUGGUGUCCUUGGAUGGCAGGUGGUGUCACAGUGCUGCUGCCAUGCCAGGGUGCAUCCCAUCGCUGGGACAGAGCCUGCGCUGAGGGACGGUGCUGCUCGCCCUCAGGCUGUGGGUUUCACUGAUAGUCACGGUUUGUGGCUCCCUCCCCUCUGCCUCCCUCGCUCAUCUCCCCAUAGCUGGCAGCACACGGCAGCCCCCGGCACACAACGGCAGUGCCACUGAUGUGGGGCACGGUGUGAGCGGGGGGGGGAACGCUGCGCCCAGGUGUCCCUGCCCCCAUCCCCGUGCGCUCCGUGGGAGGGAUGGGGCGCACCGCUCACCGCCAUCGUGCAGAGCACCCGGCGGCGCUCCCGGUGGAGCAGGGACACUUCCAGCAUCUCUGCUGUGUGUUUGCUGUCCCUGCCAUCGCUGUGUACGUUUUCACAGCGGGUUGGCACGCAGUCGAUCCUUAUGUUAAGGCACCGCAAAAGCGGAGGAGCGGAGGGCAGAAGGCACUGUGGGAGCUGAGGGUUUGCUCAGCAAACUGCACCGCUGCGGUUUGGGCACGGGGGGACGGGGGGGGGUUUGUUUGCUCGUUUUUGCAUUAGAAAUAAACUUUUGCUAAAAGAAAA